AUGACGGAAUUAUUGAGAUUUGAGGAAGUGGAGUCAAUCGAAGAAGUAUACACAUUGAGCAAGUAUCCAAAGACAGACUACACGUACUCGCGGCUGUCGCGGGACCGCGUGGAGCUGGCGCCGGGGCAGGUGGCCGUGCCCAACAUGUCGCGGCGCUCGCUGUCGCAGUUCCGCGUGCAGGGGCCCCACGCCGACACCACGGACCUGCCCGCCGCCGCCGCCGCCUGGACCACCACCACGGUGCGCAAGAGAUACACGACGAUAGAUAGUUCGGAUGACGAAACUGCAUAUCUUCACAAAGGGACAUAUAAUGCGGCGGAUAAUCGUUGGUGGCUGACACGGUUGCUGGUCACCGUCAUCACCACAAUCACUACUGCCACCAGUAAUACCUACAGGAAAAUUGUUGGACCUUCACAUAGGUAUCCAUACACUGACCGAAGGCCUGCUAAAGGUGAUUUUAUGUCAAGAGCAGCUACCACACUGGGUGCACCAUUCUACUGGAUCUACUCUGUGGUGAAAACAUUAGUCACGACCACAGUCACAACCGUCACUGAAACUAUAAUGCCUAACCAUGUGGGUGAGAAUGAGAAAUACAUGACACGCAGUUAUCAAUCUAAGGCGGAUUCUAACCGCCGGAUGUGGCCCUGGAUCUUGCUGCUACUGCUACCUAUGAUGGGUUAUGGAUAUUACGUCUACUCAGAUCAGUUCAUGCCCAGAGAGCAGCCAUCUUUAGUAGACACGUACGCGUCUCCAGUGAUAGUACAAGAUGUUGACCUGUCGAAACGCAUCGCGGCUUUGGAGGACUGGGCACUGAAUGUCGACGCAAAACUAAAAUUUUUCGAUCAGAAACUAUCGAAGCUGGACAAUUUAGAGGCCCAAAUAGAGCUCUACUCGGUCAGAUAUUUGCAGCAAAACCUUAUACAGUUGCUGAGUUCAAAUGACAAUAGAGACGCAGUAGCGGCGAAGUUGAAGGCCUAUUUUGAUAGCCAUUAUGUCUCCAAUGAUCAAAUGGAGCAGUUUAACCAAGAAAUACACGAAAGACUGAGCAACUCGUGGAAGCCCGAUACGUCUGAAGAUACUAUAAGGCAAAUCGUCCAGGAAUAUUUGUCGACCAUGGAGCGACAUCAGUUAGAGCUGAUAGCAGUUAAGGUGAAAGAGUACGUGAAAGAAAUUGAAAUGCGAUCGAGUGGAGUUAAUAUAAAUACGGAGGAGAUAAAGAGGAUUGUCGCCGGAAUGUUAGACAUAUAUGACGCGGACAAGACUGGACUUGUAGAUUAUGCGUUGGAGUCUGCAGGCGGGCAGGUGAUAUCGACGAAGUGCACGGAGCUGUACCAGGUGAAGACGAAGCAGUACUCGGUGCUGGGGCUGCCGGUGCGCUGGGAGUACACGUCGCCGCGCGCCGCCCUCACGCCGGGCGCGCUGCCCGCCGACUGCUGGGCCUUCCAGGGCUUCCCCGGCUACCUGGUAAUACGAACAUAUGCUGUUAUCGAGGUGACCGGAUUCUCGCUGGAGCACAUGUCACGGCUUCUGGCCGUGGAAGGCAAGAUUGAAUCUGCACCCAAAAACUUCUCAGUUUAUGGUCUCCACGGGGAAAUGGAUCCGGAACCGCAUCUGUUCGGCAAUUACAUGUACGACGCAAACGGCACUGCUAUUCAGUACUUUCCGGUUAAAUAUCCGAAAAUGGUCAAUAUCGGCGGUGUGGAGUAUCCGGUCGCUUACGACAUUAUCGAACUAAGAAUCGAGAGUAACCACGGCAACCCAACCUACACGUGCGUGUACAGGUUUCGUGUCCAUGGCAACCCGCUGUCGGAUAUCCGGCGUGCGACAGAAGACAGCAUUAACGAGAGCGGGACGUAG